GCGGAGCGGAGCGGAGCGGGGCGGUGCGGCCAGCCCUCGGCGCCUCCCCGCCGCGCCGCGCAGAGCAGCCGCGCCGGGCGCGAGCCGCAGCCGCCGCCGCCGCCAGCGCAGGGGCAGACGACGGCCCCGAUGGCAGACACCAUGCUCGCCCCCGCCUCGCCGCCCCCCGCCUCGCCGCCCCCCUCGCCGCGGGGCUCCCCCCCGCCGCGCCGCCGGCCCGGCCCCCCCGCCGCAGCGCCCUCCGGACAGCCCGCCUCGCCCGUCCCGCCGGCCGCGGCCCCCUCCGCCGAGACCAUCCCGCCCGUCCCGCCGGCCGCGGCCCCCCCCGGACGCCCCGUCUCGCCCGCCGCCCCCCGCGCAGAGCCUGCCGCCCCGCGGCCCGACCGGCCGCCCGUCUCCCCCCCGCCGCCGGCCGCGGCCCCCUCCGCCGAGACCGUCCCCCCCUGGUGCCCCCAGGCCCCCCCCGGCACCCCGAGUCCCCCCACCGCCCGCCCUGAAGCAGAGCCGUCACCCCCCACGGCCGGCCAGCCCGCCCCCGUCCCCGCCACCCCCCGCCCAGCAGAGACGCUGCCCCAUGGCGGGGACCAGCCCACCGUGGCCCCCCCCACCGCCGGGAGCCCCCCGGGCGCCGCCGCCGGCCCCUCCAAGGAGGUGCCCCCCAGGAGCGACCGCGCCGCCCCGGCCCCCGCCGCCAGCCCCCGGCCCAAGCAAGACGCGCAGAAAGCCCAGGCGAGGCACAAGCAAGCGAAGGAGCGGCGCGAGGAGCGAGCCAAGUACCUGGCCGCCAAGCGGGCGCUGUGGCUGGAGAAGGAGGAGAAGGCCCGGCUGCUGCGGGAGAAGCAGCUGGAGGAGCGCCGCAAGCGCCUGGAGGAGCAGCGGCUGAGGGCGGAGCGGCGCCGCGCCGUGCUCGAGGAGCGGCAGAGGCAGAAGCUGGAGAAGAACAAGGAGCGCUACGAGGCGGCGAUCCAGCGGUCGGCCAAGAAGACGUGGGCCGAGAUCCGGCAGCAGCGGUGGUCCUGGGCGGGGGCCCUGCACCACGGCUCCCCCGCGCACAAGGACGGUGCGGGCCGGUGCUCGGUGUCGGCCGUAAACCUCCCCAAACACGUGGACUCUAUAAUCAACAAGCGGCUCUCCAAAUCCUCCGCCACCCUCUGGAACUCUCCCAGUAGAAACCGCAGCCUGCAGCUGAGCCCCUGGGAGAGCAGCAUCGUGGACCGGCUCAUGACGCCCACGCUGUCCUUCCUGGCGCGCAGCCGCAGCGCCGUGACGCUGGCCGGCAACGGCAAGGAGCAGGUGCCCGUGUGCCCCCGCUCGGCCUCCGCCAGCCCGCUGGGGCCCUGCCACGGCCACCGCCUGCCGCACCGGUGCCGGGAGCGACGGAAGGGGGCCGCCGGCAGCCCCGAGGCCACGCCGCGCCGCCGGCCCGAGCCCUCGCCGAAGAAGAAGGAGAAGAAGGACAAGGAGCGGGAGAACGCCCAGGAGCGCAGCGCCCUGGCCCGCGAGCGCGGCCCCCCCCGCCGCCCCCCGCCGCCGCCCCGGCCCCCCGGCCACGGCAGCCCCGGCCCCCGGGAGCGGCCCUCGUCGCCCGGCUCCCCCGGCUCGCCCCGGCGGCCCCCGGCGCCCCGCGGCACCCAGCCCCGGCUGCGGGCCGGGCCGCGGGAGCCCGAGGGCCCGGCGAAGGCGCGCGAGAGGAAGGAGGAGGAGAGGGGCACGGCCGCCCCGGCGCCCCCCGAGCCCCCCGGGGCGCCCGCCGAGCCGGCAGCAGCCCCCAGCAGCACCCCCAGCCCCGGCGGCCCCCCCGGCCCCGGCGCAGCCCCCAGCCCCGGCGGCAGGCCCACGGCCGGCACCACGGACCGGGAGGAGGCGGCGCGGCUGCUGGCGGAGAAGCGCCGGCAGGCGCGGGAGCAGCGGGAGCGCGAGGAGCAGCAGCGGCGGGAGCAGGAGCAGCGGGAGAGGCGCCGGCGGGAGGAGGAGGCGCGGCGGGCGGCCGAGGAGCAGGCCCGGGCGGAGGCCCUGGCCCGCCGGCGGGAGGAGGAGCGGCGGCUGCAGGAGGAGAGCGAGGCCCGGGAGAAGGCGCGGGCCGAGCAGGAGGAGCUGGAGCGGCUGCAGAGACAGAGGGAGGAGGCCGAGGCCAGGGCGCGCGAGGAGGCCGAGAGGCAGCGCCUGGAGCGGGAGAAGCACUUCCAGCGCGAGGAGCAGGAGCGGCUGGAGCGGAAGAAGCGCCUGGAGGAGAUCAUGAAGAGGACGCGCAGGUCGGACGCGGCGGAUGCCAAGAAGAAGGAGGACAAGAAAAUGGUGAACGGGAAAGCAGCUGAGCAGGAGGACGGCAAAGGCCCCGAGAAGCGCGCGGGGCCGCUGGCCAAGGAGGAGGAGCUGCCCGAGACGGAGGCGUCGAGCACGGGGCCGCCGCGCGCGCAGGAGGGGCCGCCCGACACGGAGCCGCAGCCCAGCUCCCCGGCCACGGAGGCGCCGGCGCUGGUGAACGGCGUGCAGCCCGGCAAGCACGAGAACGGCUUCUCGGCCCCGGAGGGCAGCCAGGAGCGGCAGGGCGUGCUGGAGCGGGCGCACCACGGCCCCGGCGCCGGCACCAUCCUCCCCUUCGGCGACAAGGAGCCCUUCCUCAAGAAGGCCGUGGUCAAACCCCCCCAGGUCACAGAGGUGCUGUGAGGGCCGAGGCCCGGCGGACGGCCCUGCCGCGCGCCUGCCCGCUCCGGCCUCCCGCGCACAACCGUAGCUGUCGUCAGAAGAAAAACCUUGCUGCUCCCCUCCGCCCGCCGCCCGCGGGUGGCCCAGGCUGCGCGGGGCCCUGCCGGGGCGGCUCGCGGCCCCCCGCCUGCGCCGGGGACUCCUGGUUUCUCUUUUCAUCCUCGUUUUUAUUUCAUUUCGUUUUUUUUUUUUUAAUAUGCACCUUAUCAGACUGACGCCCCCACCCUAGCAGCCUGCCAGAGCCGCCCCAGACGUGUGGUGUAAUAAUGUAGUUAUUUAACUUGCUGGGUACAAUAUAUGUGAAUACUGUAAAUAAAGCGAGUGAGGCAUCAGGGACGCUCGCCCAGGCCCGGGGCUCGCGGGGAGGCAGCACAGAGUGUCGCCCCGUUACUCGCUCCCCGCGCCUGGGCGCUCGGCGCUGCCUGGCCCCGCGUGCCGCCAGGCGGGCUGGGACCACGUCGCUCUCCGUGCCGUCGUGACAGUGUUAUGCAUCCGGACAACCUUUGCAAACAAUAAAGUGGACAAGCCAC